AUGUCGUUGUCACUGGGCAUAUUGUUCAGUCUCUCUAGUGCAUUGUUUGUCCAGGGUCUCUCUCCUCUCCGUAGCCUGCAGGAUGCGCCAUGCCGUGGCGAAUAUCAAUGGCAAACUGGAUAUUUGCCUAGCGACCACGACGUUCAGCCGCCCACCGAUAUGACGGUGGAGCAAGCCAAAGCAAACUGUACCAGCAUCGCAAAGUGUGUGGGAAUCACCUAUGUUGGUUCAAACUCUACACAGUCCAAAGUACACGUAUUCUUCAAGUCGAUAGAGGGUCCGAUAACAAAGAGUGCCAACUGGUCAACAUGGACGCAACACUGUGUGCCAUCCCCGCCAGCGGACACGAUUGAAAUAGGUGGUGACUCCAACUUGGUUAUUCGCCUCAGGCAGGAUUACUACACCAUUCAGAAUUUGAGUCGUGUGCAGCCAGCCGCGGAUAGUCUCUGGUCGUUCACACGACCGGUUACCACUUCAUCCGCCAAUCCAAAUAUGGCUAUACUGGGAGACAUCACCAUUCGUGUUCAGAAAGAGUCUGAAACGGACAACCGUAGCUGGUCCUUCUUCAACUCGGCAGCCAUGACUGCCAAUGCAGAACCACUGAAGGUUGAAUCUCCAACCUUAGCUGCUCAAGACAUCACAGCACUGCUAAACACUUCAUCAGCAGAUAGCUUGCCCGUGCAGGUGGUGAGGGCUUAUGAAAAGUCCUCCGACGGCAAAGCAAUGAUAAUGCGUUUCAACGUCACAUGCGUUGCAGACGAGGCUGUGCGACUUGGCGGGGUCGGCUUUGCACUGCCGGAGAGUGCCGGCAAUCCCGGCAAGGAUAUCGAUGCAGUCGUCUGGAACGACCCACACAUCGGCGGACAGCACGGCUUUGUGGAGUUUGUACGCAUAGCUGGUGACCACGCCACGCUGUUAGUUGUGCCCGGUGAUCCACUGACCACGCCAUUGCAGGGCUGGAGACCUAUGCUGGAGGAUCAGGGCCACGGUGAUAGCUGGGAAUGGAUGCCCUUAACCAGUGCCUGGGCGGCGGACUGGGCAGAGAACACACAGUUCCCUUUCCUCAACAUCAGCAAUGCGCUAGCUAAUAUCUAUCCGGAGUUUGCUGUCAAUCCACAGACACCGUGGCCAUCGUGUACGGGGCCUCGCGGAAUGCCCAAAGUACCAGCUGCAAAGAAUCCAUGGAACAAACCUACAGAGUUGGUGCUGAAGCCGAAAGAGACAGUGUCGUUUGCCCUACGAUUUCAACUUGUGGGUGGUGGAGGACCACGCAAUCGCAACAAGGCCCUAGAGACUAUGGGCGAACCUGUGAUACACGGUGUGCCGGGAUAUGUCCUAUCAACAGAGAUGAAGACUGCUGCUUUGUUUGUGCUUGCACCCACCGACAGAACAGUGAACAAUGUUGUUGCAGAGCCAAUAGACCAAGCCAGUAUUGCAGUGGGGAAAGGCACUAGGACUGAGGGUGGAUUCAUGCACUAUCCAGUCAGCGGUGCAGGACGAGGGCGGGUCCGAGUCACAGUCACCUACUCCGAUAAAACAUCAUCUGAAGUGCACUACUACAUCUUACCGCCGUUCACGCAGCAAGUCUCUAAACUGGGGCGCUUUUACGCCAAUGUGACGUGGCUCCCUCGCGACUACCCGGACCCCUUUGGCCGUUCUGCGUCGGUCAUGCCCUGGGAUAGAUCUAUGUGUGACGAUGGCAAUGUAUGUGGACAUGUCCUGCAGGAUGCCCGUGCAUAUGACGUGGGUCUAAGCGAUGAUGCCGGUGGCUCUGGCCCGCUGGGCAUGGCCUCCAAAGUGCGAGCAUCUCCAGACCAAUUCGAGGUGUCACGAAUUGAUGAGUACAUUCAGUGGACGUUGUAUGGAUACAAGCCGGACACAGCCAAAGCGCCAUACAAAUCACUGCAGAUCCAAGAGGGAGAUGAAAGCGUGGACAACAAUACAUGGAAUGGCAUUCGCAUGACCAUGUUCUACUACUCAGACGCCGGCUCACCGAGCAACACUUCCUCCGGACAUUUCCCGUACAAGUACACGGAGGCCGACAAAUGUCACAAGCCGUUCGGCAGUCCGGUAUGGUGUAUGUCGGAGCACAUGGCCAAUGCAACGUACCGUGGAUUCAACUACCCACACCAGGUAGCAUCAUACUGGGCGAUGUAUCACGUAGCCCGGCACUACGACAGACUGAAGACGCGCAUGCCAUGGCACUGGUAUCUGGAGAGAGCAGCUAAGACCAUACUGCAGCUCGGAACACCAGGAGUUGGGUUCAUGGACGGCACGGUGUUCCGUGAGGUGCUGAAUGCGCUCAAGGUCGAGGGAGCGGGGAACACCACGAUGGCCAACUACUCACAACGGCUGGACGCCAACAUGAAAUCACGCCAGGACCGCUGGCAGUUCGACCCUCAUCCGUACGGCUCAGAAUUCGCCUUCGACACCACCGGCCAAGAAGAGGUCGUCGUGUGGAAUAUCUACUACCGCAACGAGACGGCAGCUAAGAAUGUAGUGGACCAUGUUCUGUCCUACAUGAGAUCUUCUCCCACCUGGGUUUAUAACGGUGGCACACGAUCCUGGGGAGAUGGAGGCAACAAUGGGAAAUAUUUGCCCAACUUUGGAACCGGUCUGGACACGCGUGGCAACAUGCACUACAGAGCCGGUCUGAACAUGAUACCUCUUAUCGAAUGGUAUCGUCUUCAUCCCGACGAGCUUUUUCUGCUGGAAAUUGCCAUGGGAGCUAUUUCCGGACAAAUGGGAAACAUUGAUGAAAGUGGAGCACCCAGCAUGAUGUGGCAUGCAUUCCCCUAUGUGAUGGACUAUGACCCGCACUCUGGAGACUUUGGUCUUGGAUUCUUUGGCCAUAGUCUGGAGUCGGGCCUCUACUACGUAGAAGACAAGAGUUUGGGCACACUGUGUUACUUAUGUGAUGUCAGUGUUAGUGGCAACAAGGACGGCGACGGAGCUGGGAAUGGAACUGUUAGCAUCCUUCCGCGUGACUCCUACCAUAUUAAUGCAUUCCUGGAACCGGUUGCUCUUUACAUACAAGCUGAAGCCGGCACAAUUGCCAGCUUGUCAGUGAACUUGCAGAAGCGCAUGGCAACAGUCCAGUUCACUGAAUCAUCGGCAGAAGUUCAUAAUAUGUUCUCGAUGUUCCGCUUGAAGCUUACCAAGACGUCCAAGGACCGCCCAGGAAGUGGAUUUGCCGUGGACGGAGCAGAGCUGGUGCGAGGGGCAUUUGCAAUCAAACCCAGCUCAGGCACAACCACGGCAACAAUUACAUGGUCAUGA